CACAGCUACAGUCUCUAUAAUGCUGUCUAUGCCGCAGCACAUGCUCUACAUGCCUUGUUUUUGUCCAGGACCAAAUAUAGGGGAGUGAUGGAAGGAGGGUUGCAGGAGCUUCAGAUGCUGCAGUCUUGGCAGGUUCCACCCCUUUCUGAGUGUAACCCAAAUUGCCCUCCUGGUUCUAGCAAGGAGAAGAAGGAGGGGGAGCCAUUCUGCUGCUAUGAUUGUGCUCCAUGUCCUCAAGGCAAGAUUUCGUCCCAGAAAGUGUGGUGGCAAGGAACUACCAGCAUAUUCUAGCUUUGGUGUUUGCUGUCAAGGAGAUCAAUGAGAACCCCAAGAUCUUACCUAAUAUCACCCUGGGAUUCCACAUCUAUGACAGUUACUUCAGUGAAAGGAUGACUUACAGGGCCGCUCUGAACCUUCCCUCCACACUUGUCCCCAACUACAAGUGCCACACCCAGAAAUAUCUGAUGACAGCUAUUGGGGGACUGGACUUUGAUACCUCCCUCCAAAUGGCAGACAUUUUGGACAUUUACAAGAUUCCCCAGCUCACUUAUGGCUCCUUUGCUCCAGAGGAUGCUGAUCAAAGCCAAUCCGCUUCCUUCUACAGGAUGGUGUCAAAUGAAGCCCAUCAGUACACUGGGAUUGUUGAGUUACUUCUGCACUUUGGUUGGACAUGGGUUGGAUUGCUUGCUAGUGGAGACAGUGGAGAGAGAUUUAUUCAGACGCUGAAACCUCUGCUCUACCAGAAAGGUAUUUGCUUGGCCUUCUCAGAGACAACCCUGAAAACGACAUAUUUGGCUGAGUACUAUGUCAUGUAUUUCCACUGGGUCCAAAUUUAUCAAGCUAUUAUGGAAAGUAAAGCCAAGGUGGUGGUUGUCUAUGGAGGAACAAGGUCCAUGCUUGCCUUGCGAUCAAUGGUAGCACUAGGUUUACUGGAAAAUGUGACCAAAACCUCUGAGGGCAAGCUGUGGAUUCUGACAGCACAGCUGGAUUUCGCAGCAUUAACCUAUCAAAUGAGCUGGGAUAUGCAAGUCUUUCAUGGUUCCCUCUCCUUUACAGUUCAUUCAAAUGUGGUGCAAGGUUUCAAAGCCUUUCUUCAGGCACAAAAUCCUUUUGAGGAAGAUGGAAAUGGCUUUGUCAAGCAGUUCUGGGCACAAGUAUUUCUCUGUUUAUUUCCAAACUCCAAUACACAAGAGCAGGCCAGUGGAACCUGCACUGGAGAGGAGAAACUGGAAGAUCUCCCUUCACCUGCAUUUGUGAUGAGCAUAACUGGCCACAGCUACAAUCUCUAUAAUGCUGUCUAUGCCACAGCACAUGCUCUACAUGCCAUGUUCUUGUCCAGGACCAAAUACAGGGCAGCAGUAGAAGGAGGGAUGCAGGAGCUUCAGAAAUUCCAGCCUUGGCAGCUCCAUCCCUUCCUUAGGACUGUCUCCUUCAACAACUCUGCUGGAGAAACUGUAUCUUUUGGUGAGAGCUGGGAAGUAGAAGCUGGCUUUGAUAUUACCAACAUGGUCACUUUCCCAAAUAACUCCUUCGUGAGGGUCAAGGUUGGAAGGGUGGAUGUGGAGGCUACACCUGACCAGCCAUUCACCCUUGAUGACAACAGAAUGGUGUGGCACAGAAGCUUUCACCAGGAAGGAGAAGAAGGAGGGGGAGCCAUUCUGCUGCUAUGGUUGUGCUCCAUGUCCUCAAGGCAAGAUUUCGUCCCAGAAGGUGUGGUGCCAAAGAACUACCAGCAUAUUCUGGCCUUGGUAUUUGCUGUCAAGGAGAUAAAUGAGAACCCCAAGAUCUUACCUAAUAUCACAUUGGGAAUUCACAUCUACGACAAUUAUUUUGAUGAAAGGAUGACCUACUGGGCUAGUCUGAACCUUCCCUCCACACUUAUGCCCAACUACAAGUGCAGCCUCCGGAAACACCUGAUGGCAGUUAUUGGGGGACUGGACUUUGAUACCUCCGUCUACCUAGCAAACAUCUUGAACAUCUACAAUAUUCCCCAGCUCCAUCCCUUCCUUAGGACUGUCUCCUUCAACAACUCUGCUGGAGAAACAGUAUCUUUUGGUGAGAACAGGGAAGUAGAAGUUGGCUUUGAUAUUACCAACCUGAUUACUUUCCCAAAUAACUCCUUCGUGAGUGUCAAGGUUGGAAGGGUAGGUGGGGAGGCUACACCUGACCAGCCAUUCACCCUUGAUGACAACAGAAUGGUGUGGCACAGAAGCUUUCACCAGGUUCCACCCCUUUCUGUGUGUAACCCAAGUUGUCCUCCUGGUUCCAGCAAGGAGAAGAAGGAGGGGGAGCCAUUCUGCUGCUAUGAUUGUGCUCCAUGUCCUCAAGGAAAGAUUUCAUCCGAGAAAGACAUGGUUGACUGUGUUGCAUGCCCAAAAGACCACUAUCCAGACAGGAACCAAUCCCAAUGCAUUCCAAAGACCAUCAGCUUCCUGUCUUUUAAAGAGCCUCUGGGGAUGAGCUUAGCAUUGUUUGCUCUUUCUCUCUCUCUCCUCACACUGGUGGUCCUAGCCAUCUUCAUUAAACAUCAGGACACACCACUUGUCAGAGCAAACAAUCGGGACCUCACCUACACUCUCCUCACUUUCCUCCUGCUCUGCUUCCUCUGCCCAUUGAUCUUCCUCAGCCCUCCAGAAAGAGUGAGCUGCCUGCUCCGACAAAUGGCUUUUGGCCUUGUUUUCACAGUGACCGUUUCUUGUGUGCUGGCCAAGACUAUCACGGUGGUUCUGGCCUUUGUGGCCACCAAGCCAGGAUCCAGAAUGAGGAAGUGGGUGGGGAAAAGCCUGGCAAGCUCCAUUGUGAUUUCUUGUUCCCUUAUCCAAGCGGGCAUUUGUGCUGUGUGGUUAGGAACCUCUCCCCCAUUCCCUGAUUCUGACAUGCAGUCUGUGAUGAGGGAAAUCAUUCUAGGCUGCAACGAAGGGUCAGUUGCCCUGUUUUACUGUGUCCUGGGCUACAUGGGCUUUUUGGCCAUUGUCAGCUUUGUUGAGGCCUUUUUUGCCAGGAAACUGCCUGAGAGCUUCAAUGAGGCCAAAUUCAUCACCUUCAGCAUGUUCUUGUUUUGUAGUGUUUGGAUCUCCUUUGUUCCGGUCUACCUGAGCACCAAGGGGAAAUACAUGGUGGCUGUGGAGAUCUUCUCCAUCUUGGCCUCCAGUGCUGGCUUACUGGGCUCCAUCUUUGCUCCCAAAUGCUACAUCAUUGUGUUGAGGCCUGAACUGAACAGCAAGGAGCAGUUAAUAAAGAGAAAAUAAUGAAUUAUCUUUUCAUCUUUGUGGGGGUUUUCCUACCAAAAUAUGAGCAAUGUAAUCUCUCUUUAUCUGCACCAUUAAAUUGUGUUAUAUUUUA